AUGACGCCUUUUAGAGCUCUCUACAGCUAUGAGGCAUUAUCAUUCAUUGAUUUAGCUCUGAGUGACAGUAGAGUUCCUUUGGCUCAGGAUUGGUUACAGGAGAAUGAGGAUAUCAUGAGAUCUCUCUGGGAGAAUUUACAGCAUGCACAAAAUCAGCAAAAGAUAUACGCUGAUCGACAUAGGAUUGAGAGAGCAUUUGAGGUGGAUGACAUGGUUUUCUUGCGCUUACAGCCAUACCAGGUACUCAGGCGAGUUGGAGAGGUUGCUUAUGAGGUUGAGUUACCACCAGGCGGUAAAAUUCAUAAUGUGUUUCAUGUAUCUUGCCUGAAAAAGGCCCUUGGACAGCAUAUUACAGUUUCACCCGAUUUGCCUCCCAUGGAUGCGGAAGGUAAAUUGACUUUGGUUCCUGAGGAGAUUCUUGAGGUGAGGGAACGACAGUUGAGAAGCAAGAUGAUUCGUGAGUAUUUGGUACGUUGGAGAAAUCUUCCCGUAGAGGAUGCCACUUGGGAGGGUGAGGCCAUUUUACAACAUCUAGCAUUACAAUUGCUUGUGGGCAAGUAUCUCUGA